AGAAUAGUUAUGAUAUGAAUUGAAACAUUGUUAUCGUUUGGAAUUCAAUGAUCGGUCCUAUCCGAAUCCACUCCCAACACGUUUGGGCUCCGGAACCCGUACACCCGGCGUUGCACCAGUGGACUUAAAACGUGGGUCACCACCGGUACCGCCAGCCAACAUGCACUCCAUCUUCCCCAACAUACAGCUAAAAGCAAUCGUCCAACCCCAACCAUCUUUUCUUCUUUGCUUUUUUGUCCGUAAAUUCUCUCUCUAACUUUCAAAUUCCAACAGUAAUUUCCGCCAAAAACCCUAGCUCUCGUCUCUCUUCCUAAACCAUUUAUAUACACAGAAAAAUAUAUAAUAUAUACACACAAAUAUUUUAAUUGGGACCUAUUGUCAUCGAUCCAAUCAGUAGAAUACACACACGCAUAAAAGCGAGAGAUUUAUCUGUGAUCUGCAUAUUACCAUCGAUCUUUUGUCGGUAAAAACUCGAAACAGUCUUAGGGAGAGAGAGAGAGGAGAGAGGGAGAGAAGGGAUGGCGAUUCUGUAUGCACUGGUGGCUAGGGGAUCGGUGGUGUUGGCGGAAUUCAGUGGGACGACGACGAACGCAAGCGCGAUCGCUCGGCAGAUUCUGGAGAAAAUUGCGGGCAACAAUGACACCAACGUGUCCUACUCUCAAGAUCGGUACAUCUUUCACGUGAAGCGCACCGAUGGCCUCACCGCGCUCUGUAUGGCUGAUGAUACUGCCGGAAGAAGAAUUCCUUUUACAUUUCUUGAAGACAUUCAUCAGAGAUUUGUGAGGACAUAUGGUCGGGCAGUUCUUUCAGCCCAUGCUUAUGCCAUGAAUGAUGAAUUUUCAAGGGUUUUGAGCCAACAAAUGGAGUAUUACACAAAUGAUCCAAAUGCAGAUAGGAUAAACCGAUUGAAAGGUGAAAUGAGUCAGGUGCGCAAUGUCAUGAUAGAGAAUAUUGAUAAAGUCUUAGAGAGAGGUGAUCGCUUGGAAUUGUUGGUUGAUAAAACCGCCAAUAUGCAAGGAAAUACCUUCCGUUUUAGAAAGCAAGCACGCCGCUUUAGAAGCACUGUGUGGUGGAGAAACGUCAAACUCACGGUCCUGGCAAUAGUCCUCCUCCUGGUGAUUGUUUAUGUUGUGCUGGCAUUCGUCUGCCAUGGGCUUACACUACCUACUUGCCUGUAAUGAGGGUUUGUAUUGAGUGAUAUUCGAUUGCUUCCUUUUCUUCUAUUCAUUUGGGACAUGGAUUCUUCUAUCCCCUUUUUUUGGAGCAAGUUGUCUUAGAUUGUGUGUCCUAUCUGUAGUGUCUGUUAUGGCAAUUUGAAUUUGCUUAGUUUGCAUGAUUCUUAAUACGUUGGCUUUAAAUGUUACAAUUUGUAAAGGAUUACUACUCUUUGGUGCACAAUAUUUAUGGACUAUCGUAUGUAUCUGGGUUUUUAUUGUA